GUGACAAUGUAGAUUCAUAUAUUGUUGAUUUACAAUUUGAUGGUCUAUAUAGAUCUUUUGAAUUUCUCAAAUCAAAGUUAGCAACUGAUAAAUGCACACUUCCUCUAUUGGUGCCUACAAUUUCACAUUUUAUGGAGUUAAAAGAAGGGAUCUCAAAAUUAGCAGAUGAAUAUGAAAGUUUAACAACAUUCACCUCAAUACCAACUUCAUAUGUAAAAAAGCAUCCAGAAUCACCACAAAUUAGAUUAUUAUUAAAAAAUUAUUGA